GUAUGCAACAGUCAUAGGUUAGUAAUCACGACUUUUUCCCUUCUCUGAAUUACAAGCCCAAGUGAGGUCUUUUGGAUUCCUUCUUUGUGGGCCACAGCGUAGCUGGGGACAAGUGGUGAUCCAUCAUUUUAUUUUUUCUUUCUACUAAAGAGUUUCAGGGUUUUGAGUUUUUAGCAGAAGUACCUUUUUCUUUUUGACAACUGUCUGAAAUAUGUUCCUUUGAGAUCCUCCUACACGAAGUUACCAGGAGAAGCAGCUUGGAACUAAAUAUAAUGCACCAUUGCUUAUUAUCUGGGCAAGAAAACUGUCAUCCAUUCAAUUACAUGAUUUUUCCAUCUUUCCAAACCACCUGGAGAACUCCACCAGAAUGACCAGCAAUCACUCAGACUGCCAUUACUGCCUGCAGUCUCUCCGUGGAAGGAAGUAUGCAUUAAAGGAAGAGAAUGCUUAUUGUGUUAGAUGCUAUGACAGCCUAUUUGCCAACUCCUGUGAGGAGUGCAAGGAACCUAUUGAAUGUGAUUCCAAGGAUCUGGCUUACAAAGGCCGCCACUGGCACGAGAGGUGUUUCAAGUGCACCAAAUGCAGCCGUUCUCUGGUAGAGAAACCAUUCGCUGCCAAGGAUGAGCUCUUGCUCUGUACUGAAUGUUACUCCAAUGAGUAUUCAUCAAAGUGUUUCCACUGCCAGAAGACCAUCAUGCCUGGUUCCCGUAAAAUGGAAUUUAAGGGCAGUUCCUGGCAUGAAUCCUGUUUUGUUUGUCAGUAUUGCCAGCAACCACUGGGAACAAAACCACUGAUCACCAAAGACAAUGAGAAUUACUGCGUACCCUGUUUUGAGAAACAAUUUGCUCAUCGUUGCUACUCUUGCAAAAAGGUAAUAACUUCUGGGGGAGUGGCCUACCACGACCAGCCUUGGCAUAAAGAGUGCUUUGUGUGUGCUGGAUGUAAAACUCAGCUGUCUGGGCAAAGGUUUGUUUCCAAAGAUGAGUAUCCAUACUGUGUAGAUUGUUUCAGCAAGUUUUAUGCUAAGAAGUGUACUGCUUGCAAGAAACCUAUUACAGCUCUUGGAGGUGCCAAAUUUGUCUCAUUUGAAGAGUGUCAGUGGCAUGAGGAAUGUUUUAACUGUGCAAGAUGCUCAGUCUCACUGGUGGGCCAAGGAUUCCUCACCAAGCAGGAUGCAGUCCUUUGCCAUGAAUGUGGUUCUUCGUAGUUCUGUGGAGAGCUAUAAAGAUGAAUUAUUCUCACUAUAUAACCAUGUACUUUGUUACUCUGCAGUAAGAAAAUCAUUUAAAAGGUGUAUCACUUAUUUAGCAAUUCAAGUAACUUUCCAACAGCAGUUUAAUUCCAUCACAGUUGUGAACUUCUUGUUAUAAAAAUAAAUAAAUAAACAGCCACAUACUGCCUCAGAAAACAGUGCAGAAAAGAUUAGUAUAUAUUUUAAAUAUAACUGCAGUAUGUUUCUCCUUGUAACACACUGCACUCUGCUGUUAGAAACUUUAACUUUCAUUUCCCACGAACCAAGGAGGUGUAUAGAAAGUCUAUGUGACAUAUAUCUAGUUAUGAGGCAUUAGCAUUGCAAGUGAGGAGGAGGUACGUGUACACAAAGAGACACCAAGUCAGGGAAAUCCAUUCCAGGGCCAGAGAAAGGGAUAAAAGAUCCUUUCCCUCUCUUUAUUGAUAUUGUUGAGAGUGCUCAUCAGAAAAAUAGAAUUUCCCAUAAAUUUAGUCAUCCAAAAAACUGAACGAUAGGUCCUUUCCCAAAACUGGUCAAUUGCAUUUUAUUUUUCAGGCAUAAAUGUUUUAGAACAUGAACAAACCCUUUUUUAAUUUUAAUUUUUAUUUUUAAAUCUACUGUAAGAGGUACAGAUUGCCCAAGGUUGGAUAGUGGUAAUGUAUAGUUUCCAAUAUCUAAUAUGAUUUAAAACUGUCUCCAUUAUCUUCACUAGACCUUCAAGUGCACUCUUAAAAUAUAGUUUCUCUUAUUUGAGGCAAGAGCCAACACACAGCUGUCCCUUUAAACUACAUUUUUCCUCCCUUCAACACUCAUUUGCCAGCAGUCAAAAUACUGAUAAUGGCUUUACCAUUUCUGCACUGCAGUCUUUGAUUCACAGUCAACUCCUUUUCUUGUAAACGUCCACUUGUCUGUAGCAGGCUAUCAGCUGCUCAGAGCCAAUACCUAGUUCAUUCUGCCACGUGCCAACAUGCAUGUGCCAAUAUUAUGUCAAGAAUUUGUAAUGUUGCCAUAUCAAGGUAGGCAGUGCUCACAUGUAGUACCAGGUAGUAGUUUCUCUUUCCUUAGCUCAUGCUAUAUACACACUAUAUGUUACAAUGGCCUGACUCAUUCUGCAGUAUCUCUACCAGGCCAUGGUGUAGGAUACCGCGGUUCUAUGCCUAUUAGAUGUUGUUUUGCUCCUCAUCUCACGUGUCUGAAAAUUGUUCUCCUUUAGACUCUGAUGUUGAAAACUUACAGUUAUUUGUCUGACUUGAGAGCACUUUAUUCAUACUGAAUUAUGUAGAUGCUGCUUCAAGUAGAAAAAGGAGAAAAAAAGAACUUGUAAGCAUAGCUAAGCCAGAGCUAUAUGGCAGUGGCAUAAAAUCAACAAGUACAUAGCAAUCUGUUUCCCAAUCAAUAAAGUAUUAAUCUUCUGCUA